GUCGAAUAGCAUACAAUAAUUACUGUCUGUUCUGCAGUGCCAACGCGUGAUACUCUGCCUUUUUUCAAGUAACGAAAACUUCAAGCGUUUCUUUCCCUUUUUUUUUUUUCCUUUUAAAUUUUAACUCGGACUUCUUCUUCCCCAAUCUCCACUUUUUCUUCUCUCUCCUCUUGCUUUUAUAAUCCUCAUCAUCAUAUACAUAUAAAUACUGCAAACCCCAAAAAACUUGGCGGUGACACCUCCCAUAUUUUCUCAUUUCUGAUUGAAUUAUAGCGUCCGAAGAGAGAGAAACUUGGUCAGAGAGAUAGAGAAAUGGCGGUGGGUUCGUCGCCGAAGGUGGAUAAUGGCGGCGGCGCCGGUGGCGAAGAUGUGGAUUGGAAGAUUAAACUUGGUGUUUGUGUGAUGGAAAAGAAGGCAUCUUCGGCUCCGAUGAAGCAAAUACUGGAGAGAUUGGACGCAUUUGGCGAAUUUGAGGUAAUACUUUUUGGCGACAAAGUAAUACUUGAAGAUCCAAUUGAGAGUUGGCCUCUGUGCGACUGUCUUAUAGCUUUCUAUUCGACUGGCUAUCCUCUUGAAAAGGUUGAGUCUUAUGCAGCUUUAAGAAAGCCCUUUUUGAUCAACGAACUGGAGCCACAACACUUGCUGCACGACAGAAGGAAGGUGUAUGAUCGUCUGGAGAUGUUUGGUAUUCCUGUUCCUAGAUAUGCUCUUGUGAAUAGAGAAUUUCCAUUUCAAGAAGUGGAUUAUUUUUCUGAAGAUGAUGAUUUUGUAGAAGUCCAUGGUGAGCGUUUCUCGAAGCCGUUUGUGGAGAAACCUGUUGAUGGUGAUAAUCACAGCGUAAUGAUAUAUUAUCCCAGUUCUGCCGGUGGGGGUAUGAAGGAGCUAUUCCGAAAGGUUGGGAAUCGUUCCAGUGAGUUCCAUCCCGAUGUCCGAAAUGUGAGACGUGAUAGCUCGUAUAUAUAUGAAGAAUUCAUGCACACAGGUGGAACAGAUGUUAAGGUAUACACAGUUGGUCCGGACUAUGCUCAUGCUGAAGCAAGGAAGUCUCCCGUGGUUGAUGGCGUUGUAAUGAGAAAUCCAGAUGGGAAAGAAGUGAGGUAUCCUGUUCUUCUCACCCCUGGAGAGAAACAAAUGGCAAGAGAAGUCUGCAUUGCAUUUAGACAAGGGGUUUGUGGAUUUGAUUUGCUUCGAUGUGGGGGUCGGUCGUAUGUUUGCGAUGUGAAUGGAUGGAGUUUCGUUAAAAAUUCCCACAAGUAUUAUGAUGAUGCUGCUUGUGUAUUGAGGAAGAUGUUUUUAGAUGCAAAAGCUCCACAUCUAUCUACUACCAUUCCUCCAACUUUACCAUGGAAGGUCCAUGAACCAGUCAAUGCUUCAGAAGGACUUACACGCCAGGGGAGUGGAAUUAUUGGAACGUUUGGGCAGUCAGAAGAGUUACGAUGUGUAAUUGCUGUACUUCGGCAUGGUGAUAGAACUCCCAAACAGAAGGUGAAGUUGAAGGUCACAGAGGAAAAAUUGUUGAAUUUGAUGCUGAAGUACAAUGGAGGAAGGCCAAGAGCAGAGACAAAACUGAAAAGUGCAGUACAGUUACAAGAUCUACUAGAUGCCACCAGGGCUCUUGUUCCUCGUUCCAGACCUGACAGAGAGAGUGAUAGUGAGGCAGAAGAUAUUGAGCAUGCUGAAAAACUUCGUCAAGUCAAAGCAGUGCUGGAGGAGGGAGGGCAUUUCUCUGGUAUAUAUAGAAAGGUCCAACUAAAACCCUUGAAGUGGGAAAAGGUUCACAAAAAUAAUGGUGAAAGUGAGGAAGAAAGACCUGUUGAAGCUUUAAUGGUCCUGAAAUAUGGAGGUGUUUUGACACAUGCCGGAAGAAAGCAGGCUGAAGAGCUUGGUCGAUAUUUUCGGAAUAAUAUGUAUCCAGGUGAAGGCACAGGUCUUCUCCGCCUCCAUAGCACUUAUCGACAUGAUCUAAAGAUAUACAGCUCUGAUGAAGGCCGUGUGCAGAUGUCAGCAGCUGCUUUUGCCAAAGGUCUACUUGACUUAGAAGGGCAACUCACCCCAAUUCUUGUUUCACUUGUGAGUAAAGACUCUUCAAUGUUAGAUGGACUUGAUAAUGCUAGCAUUGAGAUGGAGCAAGCAAAGGCAAGGUUGAAUGAGAUUAUAACUUCAGGAGCACCGACUUCCCACAAUAAUGGAUCACCUGAAUGUCCGUGGAUGGUUGAUGGAGCUGGACUCUCUCCUAAUGCAUCCGAGUACCUACCUAAAUUGGUGGAGUUAACUAAGAAGGUUACUGAACAAGUGAGGCUUCUAGCUAAAGAUGAAGAUGAAAAACUUGCAGAAAAAAGUUCCUACGAUGUCUUCCCUCCAUAUGAUCAAGCUAAGGCUCUGGGAAAGACCAAUAUUGAUGUUGAUCGGAUUGCCGCCGGAUUACCUUGUGGCAAUGAAGGAUUCCUUCUUAUGUAUGCCCGAUGGAGAAAACUGGAAAGAGACUUGUAUAAUGUACGAAAAGCGAGAUAUGAUAUUACUCAGAUUCCAGAUGUGUACGACUCAUGCAAAUAUGACCUCUUACACAAUGCUCACCUCAAUCUUGAAGACUUGGGUGAGCUCUUCAAUGUUGGUAAGUUACUUGCUGAUGGUGUUAUCCCUAAUGAGUAUGGGAUCAAUCCCAAGCAGAAGCUGAAAAUUGGUUCAAAGAUUGCACGUCGUUUGUUGGGUAAAAUAUUGAUAGAUUUGAGGAAUACUCGGGAAGAAGCUAUAAAUGUUGCUGAACUGAAGAGUAAUGAUACGCAGCUUACUAAAUCUGGCAAAAAAGAAGAUUCUAAUAUUCGAUCGAGUAAUGAUACCCAGCAUACUAAAUCUGGCAAGAAAGAAGAUACUAAUACUCGAUCAAAAACACACUCAAAGAAUGAAGAUACAAGGAGAUCUAGUGCUACUGAUAUUUCAAUUGAUCACGAAGAUGAUGAUGAAAAGGAGACUGAAUACCGCUUGGAUCCAAAGUAUGCUAAUGUAAGGACACCAGAACGGCAUGUCAAGACUCGACUGUAUUUUACAUCGGAAUCUCAUAUUCAUUCUUUAAUGAAUGUCCUUCGUUAUUGUAAUUUGGAUGAAUCAUUACAAGGAGAGGAGGGCCUUGUUUGUCUCAGUGCUCUGGAGCGGCUGUUCAAAACUAAGGAGCUUGACUACAUGAGUUACAUAGUAUUGAGGAUGUUCGAGAACAUAGAGGUAGCUCAAGACGAUCCGAAAAGGUUUCGCAUGGAAUUGACUUUUAGUCGUGGUGCUGAUCUCUCGCCCUUAGAGAAUAAAGACAGUGAAGCCAAUUGGUUGCAUCAGGAGCAUACUUUACCAAUCAUGGGUCCCGAGAGACUACAAGAAGUAGGAUCCUGUUUGACUUUUGAUAAGAUGGAGGAUAUGUUGUGCCCAUUUGCAAUGCCUGCUGAAGAUUUCCCACCCCCUAUAACGCCUAUAGGCUUCACCGGUUACUUCUCCAAAUCCUCUGCUGUUCUUGAGCGCCUUGUGAAUUUUUGGCCUUUCAAUAAGCACUCCCAUGGCAAUGGCAAGUGACCUUGUAUUUUGAACAUGACCUCUAUUGUGAAUAUCAAUUUUGGCCCUGUUUUCGUUUUUUUAUCUCAUUAAUUUCAAUUUUUUCAUCGUUAUUUCCCAACUUUUGUACUGGUAAAAAUUACGAGUUUGUGUAUUAAAGUGAAGGAACAUUCCUGA